CUUCCCUUCCCACACUGUGCCACAGCCAUGGCGGACAGCGCCAGUGAGAGCGACACCGACGGAGCGGGGAGUAGCUCGGCCACCCCGAUGUCGUCUUCCGCCUCGAAUUCGGGCAAACCGAGCAUCGUCAUUUCCCAGUUUCGCUUGGAGGAGCUGACUAACCGCUUGGCCUCCCUGCAGCAGGAGAAUAAAGUUCUUAAAAUUGAACUGGAGACGUUCAAACUCAAAUGCAAAGCGCUGCAGGAGGAGAAUCGGGACCUGCGAAAAGCUAGCGUCACCAUUCAAGCGAGAGCAGAACAGGAGGAAGAAUUUAUCAGCAACACCUUGUUCAAGAAGAUCCAGGCCCUGCAGAAGGAGAAGGAGACCUUGGCGGUCAACUAUGAGAAGGAGGAGGAAUUUCUCACUAACGAACUGUCAAGGAAACUCAUGCAACUCCAGCAUGAGAAGGCGGAGUUGGAGCAGCACUUGGAGCAAGAGCAGGAGUUCCAGGUCAACAAGCUCAUGAAAAAGAUCAAGAAGAUGGAAAAUGAAACCAUUUCCAAGCAGCUAACACUGGAGCAGGUAGGCUUCUGGAUGGAACACAAUUAGGUUAGAGUAAGAGGCAAGAUGAAGGAAAUCUUUUUAAACAGAAAGACUGAAGUAGUCGGAGCCUCCAAAAGAAUUCUUCAGGAGAAGUUGGCCCAGCCUGUGUCGGCUCCUCCUUCCCCGAGAGAUGUUUCCAUGGAGAUCGACUCGCCGGAGAACAUGAUGCGGCACAUCCGCUUCCUGAAGAAUGAAGUGGAGAGACUGAAGAAAAGUCUGCGCACCACUGAGCUACAGCACACAGAGAAGCGAGCUCAGUACAUAGAGGAGGAGCGGCACAUGAGGGAGGAGAACAUCCGCCUGCAGAGAAAACUCCAGAGGGAGAUGGAACGCAGGGAGGCGCUGUGCAGGCAACUGUCAGAAAGUGAAUCCAGCCUGGAGAUGGAUGAUGAGAGGUACUUCAACGAGAUGUCUGCACAGGGCCUUCGAGCAAGGACCGUCUCCAGCCCCAUCCCCUACACCCCCUCCCCCAGCUCCAGCCGGCCCAUAUCACCUGGUCUUUCAUAUGGCAGUCACACAGUUGGCUUCACUCCUCCAGCCACACUGUCCAGAGCUGCAAUCUCCCACUACAAUACUCCUGCCCUGCACAUCCACGGAAGCUCCUCUCAUGCCGUAGCAAGGCCCUCCCCAAGAAGAAGCACCAGCCCCGACAAAUUCAAGCGACCAACGCCACCACCUUCCCCCAACACACACUCAGGGGCCCAGCAGGCUCAGCCUCCGUUACCCCCACCAGCGCAGCCCAUGGUCCAGUCCAUGUCGUCCCCGGCAGCUAUGUCACAGCAUGCAGCGGCAGCAGCACAGCAGCCUCCCCCCCAGCCUUAACGCCACACACCUUUUCCGUCUUUGCACACCAGUGCACCCACUGAAUGCCACGAUGCUACAGCAGCAGCAGCUUCGAUUAUUACCAGCUGUGGAAGUCAAGUUUCUCUUCUCUUAACCAACUCCAAAAGAAGCCGCAUAAAAAGAAAAAGUUUUAAGGCUGAACGAAAUGAGGCAGUGGCUCGGUGAAGCUCGCAGCCCUUCCCUUCCCUAAAUCUACGAGUGGCAUCCAGCAAACUAUCAGUUUGGGAAAAAUAAUGGAAUGGACAGGGGAGAAAAAAAAGUCGCUUCUAGGAUUUGUGGGACAAUCAUCUGUUCAGCCCCUUUGUCUUGUACCUGUUUUGGUUUUCUCUGCUUGGGGACAUGCUGGUAGGAAAAUUGUGGCGCUUUAAAGACAGCACAAACAGCACAUACAGUGAUUUUGGUGGCGAUGUUCACUGCUUGGUUGGAUUUUUGAUUCAGUGGAUGGAUGUAAGGCUAGAGAAAUUGAUAAAGUGAUAGAGAUGUGGGUGUUUUUUUUCUUUCCUUUUUUGUCUUUUUUUUGCGCAGGCCUUUAUUUUGACACUUAACAUGCAGCCAUGUCCUCCACUCCUGCUCACCUCCAUUAAUUUGUGCUCUCUGACAAAUACUGUCAAAUAAUCCCCACGUUAAAUCGGCUUUGAUUACUUAAGUCACAAAGAUGUGUCAUAAAAGACUGAAGAGUUUCUCCGUUGUGGGACGUUAAUCCAACAGAGCAAGUGCCACAGAUAUUUUAGUUUCUAAAAAAGCAUUUGAAGCACUGUUAUUGUUCUAAAAAAACAAAAAAAAAACAACCAUCAAAGAUGCCGGAUGCCGGAUGCUGGUACAUAAACCACAGAUAAAUGUUGCCUUCUGAGGUGUUUCAACUUGUAGUCUGAGGUGUUACAACUUAGUCAUGUACUCAGUCUCUUCUCUGCUCUCCUCUCUCUUCUCUGGUGUAUUUCUAAAAGCUCCUAUCAUCCUUAUGGAUAAUCCUCAUCAAAAAUAAAAGGACAAAAAAACAUAAUGCUCUUUACACUAAAUAUACAUACUGCUAAAACAUUCUAAACGAAUGGUACUGUUGAACUAAAUUUCUAUGUAUGAUUAAAGCUCUUGAGAUGA